GGAGCCCGAGCGGGCGCUGGAGCGCGAGCGGCUGUCGCGCAGCGUCGGCGUGCGCUCCCCAGGGAGCGGCUGCAAGGGGACCGCGGCGGGAGCUGCGUCGAACCGUGCAGCCGGCUCCCGCUCGUUGCCGAGGCUCGUAGGAGCCGCCGCGGCUGACAGGAGCCGUGGGUCGCAGCCUCCACACCUGCGCGGGCGCGGGGUCGGGUCUGCCGCGGGCGAGCGAGAGGGCACAGAGGAGAGCGUGCGGCUGCAGGCAGGGGCCCCCGCUCGGCCACCUCGUCGCCGCGCUGCCGCCGCUGGAAGAUGUCGCAGGAGAGGCCCACGUUCUACCGGCAGGAGCUGAACAAGACCGUCUGGGAGGUGCCCGAGCGAUACCAGAACCUGUCCCCGGUGGGCUCGGGAGCCUACGGCUCGGUGUGUGCUGCUUUUGAUACAAAGACGGGACAUCGUGUGGCAGUGAAGAAGCUGUCGAGACCGUUUCAGUCCAUCAUUCACGCCAAAAGGACCUACAGGGAGCUGCGGCUGCUGAAGCACAUGAAGCACGAGAAUGUGAUUGGUCUGUUGGAUGUGUUUACACCUGCAAGGUCCCUGGAGGAAUUCAACGAUGUGUACCUGGUGACCCAUCUCAUGGGGGCAGACCUGAACAACAUCGUGAAGUGUCAGAAGCUUACCGAUGACCACGUUCAGUUUCUUAUCUACCAGAUCCUGCGAGGGCUGAAGUAUAUACACUCGGCUGACAUAAUCCACAGGGACCUAAAGCCCAGCAACCUCGCUGUGAAUGAAGACUGUGAGCUGAAGAUUCUGGAUUUUGGGCUGGCUCGGCACACUGAUGACGAAAUGACUGGCUACGUGGCUACCCGGUGGUACAGAGCCCCCGAGAUUAUGCUGAAUUGGAUGCACUACAACCAGACAGUGGAUAUUUGGUCCGUGGGCUGCAUCAUGGCUGAGCUGUUGACCGGAAGAACAUUGUUUCCUGGUACAGACCAUAUUAACCAGCUUCAGCAGAUAAUGCGUCUGACGGGGACACCCCCUGCUUAUCUCAUUAACAGGAUGCCAAGCCAUGAGGCAAGAAACUACAUUCAGUCUCUGGCCCAGAUGCCGAAGAUGAACUUCGCAAAUGUAUUUAUUGGUGCCAAUCCCCUGGCUGUCGACCUGCUGGAAAAGAUGCUGGUUUUGGACUCGGAUAAGAGGAUCACAGCAGCCCAAGCUCUUGCGCAUGCCUACUUUGCUCAGUACCACGACCCUGAUGAUGAGCCAGUGGCUGACCCUUAUGACCAGUCCUUUGAAAGCAGGGACCUCCUUAUAGACGAAUGGAAGAGCCUGACCUACGAUGAAGUCAUUAGCUUUGUGCCACCGCCCCUUGACCAAGAAGAAAUGGAGUCCUGAGCACCUUGCUUCUGUUCUGUCCAUCCCACUUCACUGUGAGGGGAAGGCCUGUUCAUGGGAACUCUCCAAAUACCAUUCAAGUGCCUCUUGUUGAAAGAUUCCUUCAUGGUGGAAGGGGGUGCAUGUAUGUGCGUAGUGUUUGUGUGUGCCUGUCUGUCUGUCUGUCUGUCCAUUUGUCCAUGUAUCUUUGUGGAAGUCAUUGUGAUGGCAGUGACUUCAUGAGUGGUAGAUGCUCCUUGGCAGUCUGCCUGCUCUCUCAGAGUCCAGGCAGGCCGAUGGGAACUGCCGUCUCCUUAGGGAUGUGUGUGUGUAUGUUAAGUGCAAAGUAAGAAAUAUUAAAAUAUCCUGUUCCUAGUUACCUUGCCACUUUGGCUUCUCCUGUGGCCCUGCCUUUACCAUAUCACAGUGACAGAGAGAGGCUGCUUCAGGUCUGAGGCUAUCCCUCAGCCAUGCAUAGAGCCCAAGAGAACCAACUGGCUCCUGGGCUCUAGCCUGUGAUCGGCUCGCUUAUGUCCUCAGACCCUGUCAGUCUGUUUGUGCCUUAAAAGGAGAGAAGGGCGCGUUGUGGGUAGUUACAGAAUCUCAGUUGCUGACGUUCUGAGCCAGGCAAGGCACAGGGCUGUUGGAUGGCCAGUGGGGAGCUGGAAAAAACAAGGCAGCCUUCAAGGAGGCCAUGGGUGCAUGUGUGUGCAUGAGUGUAUGUGCAGCUGCCCUCCCUCACCUCCAGGAGCAAGCUGUUUUCUAUGCUUACCUAAGUUCACCUCAGUGCAGAGGUCUCCAGUGCCAGGCACAGGCUCCUGCCGUCAGUAGCUUCCUAUGUCAUCUUCACGUCUAGCAGAGUGCGGGUGUUUGCAUGCUGUGCUCUGGAGCUUGUCCUGUCUUCUGGAAGCCCUGGGCCGGGCGUGUGAAGACUUCCCAGCAGUGUCCACACGCCUCAGCUGAGGCCACGGGCGCAUUGCUGCUUCCUCACUCCAGCUACGUUGUGUUGAACACAACUGAUCCUCCAGGUGCUUGUGGUGCAGGAAACGGGACGAACAGAGCACCUGAACCCUUGCCAUCUGACAUCACCGACACAGGAGAACAGUCCUCUCCUCUCCUCUCCUAGGACAGUCCCCAGCUCUGGAAUCAUGUUCUUCUCACUCAUGGUAGCCAGCUAAGAAAGCUGCAAACCGAACAAAGGGAGAACCGAGCUCCUGGAGCCAGGAGCUCCUCUUACUGUCCUUCUCAGAAUAGGGUCGUCAGACACAGCCAGGUAGUCAAAGGCCCCUUUCCUUGUACGGGGCCCCCGCCCCCGGCAGCUUGACACUGUUUCAGUGUCUAUUUGGGGAAAAAGCAAUUUUGUCUUGGAAUUUUGUAUGUUGUAGGAAUCCUUAGAGAGUGUGGUUCCUUCUGAUGGGGAGAAAGGGCAAAUUAUUUUAAUAUUUUGUAUUUCACCUUUAUAAACAUGAAUCCUCAGGGGUGAAUAACUGUUUGCAUAAUUUUCUGAAUUUCGGGCACUUUGUGCUAUAUGAGGACCCAUAUAUUUAAGCUUUUUGUGCAGUAAGAAAGUGUAAAGCCAAUUCCAGUGUUGGACGAAACAGGUCUCGUAUUUAGGUCAAGGUGUCUCCAUUCUCUCUCAGUGCAGGGACAUGCAGUUCUGUGGGGCAGGGUAGGACCCUGCAUCAUCUGGAGCCCAGAAGGAGGCCGACUGGCCAGGCCUCACCGCCUCAGUAUGCAGUCCAGCUCCACGUCAUCCCCUCACAGUGGUUAGUAGCAAUGUCUGGGUUUGAACGCCAGGCGUGGUUAUUUUAUUGAGGAUGCCUUUGCACAUGUGGCCAUGCUGUGUUAGGACUGUGCCCCAGGGCCCGGACUUGAAGCUAGAGCUGGCAGAAGAGCUCCUGGCAUCCAUGGCGCGAUGCUGCCGCCACCCAGUUUCUCCAUUGGAAGACAAGGGAAUGAGAAGACUGCUGUGUAUGUGUAUGUGUAUUUGUGAACUUGGUUGUGAUCUGGUAUGCCAUAGGAUGUCAGACAAUACCACUGGUUAAAGUAAAGCCUAUUUUUCAGAUUCA